UAACAAGAUGUCUUCAGGAGCUGCCAAAAUUGGGUACCCUGCCCCUAACUUCAAAGCUACAGCUGUUAUGCCAGAUGGUCAGUUCAAAGAUAUCAGUCUGUCUGACUACAAAGGAAAAUAUAUUGUGUUCUUUUUUUACCCUCUUGACUUCACCUUUGUAUGCCCUACGGAAAUAAUUGCAUUCAGUGAUAGGGCAGAAGAAUUUAAGAAGCUCAACUGCCAAGUGAUUGGUGCUUCUGUGGAUUCUCACUUCUGUCACCUGGCUUGGAUCAACACGCCCAAGAAACAAGGAGGGCUAGGACCCAUGAACAUUCCUUUAGUAUCAGACCCCAAGCGCACCAUUGCCCAGGACUAUGGAGUCUUAAAGGCAGAUGAAGGCAUCUCAUUCAGGGGCCUUUUCAUCAUUGAUGAUAAAGGGAUCCUUAGACAGAUCACUGUGAAUGACCUCCCUGUUGGUCGCUCUGUGGAUGAGACUCUAAGACUCGUUCAGGCCUUCCAGUUCACGGACAAACAUGGAGAAGUGUGCCCAGCUGGAUGGAAGCCUGGAAGUGAUACCAUCAAACCUGACGUCCAGAAGAGUAAAGAGUAUUUCUCUAAGCAGAAGUGAGCACUGGCCGACCCAAAGUGCCAGGCUGCAGUGGGCAGCAUUGAGAACAAAAACAUCUUUUGUACAUUCUUCGUGCUUAAAACACAAG